CUUAUUCAUUCAUUUAAUUUGUUUCAAAUCAGGUAACUAACCUUAUACUAUUCUCUAUAUUUAUUCAUCACUUAACUUUAUUCAAAACUGUCAUACAUGAUAUCAAACCAUGUCCAUUCCUUGACCUAACCCCAUCAUCACCAUCCCUUAAACCACCACCACCACAACAACAACAAGGAACCAUUCCUCCCCUCACUAAAGCAACCCGCAAACCACUACCCCAAAUACCCCCCUAAAAGAAAAACAAAAAGAAAAAACAAAAGAGGAGAGAGAGAGAGAGAGAGAGAGAGAGAAGAUGGUCUCCCCCCUAACAACAACCUUCAUUCAAUCCACCAUUCUAAACGCCAUCGCCAACAUCCUAGCACAAAUAAUAGACCAUUAUCGGAAAUCCAAAUCAACAACAACGACCACAACAACAACACUCACACCUAACCUCCCCGCCCUCCUCCAAUUCAUCACCUACGGGAUAAUAAUCGUUCCCCCGAAUUUCAUCUGGCAGAGGUAUCUUGAACGGCGGUAUCCGGGGUUUCUUUUCCGUGGUGGUGCAGCAUCAACCCCUUCCUCAUCUACUACUACUAACAACUAUUCUCCUCCUUUCCGAACAUCUACCCCUAAUGGAAAGAAAGGAGGAGGAGGAGGAGGAGGUCCAGGGAUAGGAGAAAUCUACAUCUCCAUCCCAGACCCCACAUCCACCGUCCUCCUCAAAGAAAAGAAAAAGACCAGCAAUAAUUUUCUCCCUAGGCGCAGCAGCAGCAGAGGAGGUUGGUACAACUUCCUUAUGAAAUUCCUACUUGAUCAGACGGUGGGGAGUGUAGGGAAUAUCGUACUGUUUAUUGUUCUCAUUAAUCUGUUGAAGGGGGUGGGGGUGGGUGGUGUUUGGGGGUUAGUUGUUGAGGACUUCAAACCAAUCAUGAUCGCAAGACUCAAAUAUAGACCGAUUGUCUCGUUGCUCAUGUAUACGGUUGUGCCGGUUGAUCGGCGUGUCGUGUUUGGGAGUGCGUGUGGGGUGAUUUGGGGGGUGUAUUUGAGUUUGUAUGCUGUUGUUUAGUGUAUCUUUCUUCUAUUUCUCUUUCUCUAUUUCUUUUACUACUAUUGUUGCUGUUCUUUUUGUCAGAGUUAGUUGUGAUGUGGUCAAUCUUUCGUUUCGUUGUUUCUUUUGUCAGCGUGAUAC